GAGAGUGUGACAGUCUCGCGCUCCUCGUCGCUCAUUGGUGGAGCGUCUCGCGUGCGGUGUAGCGCUGCUCAGCCCAUCGCGCCGCCGAUCACACGCGCUCCUCCGUCGGUAAUCUUCACCGGUGCGCGCGCGGUGUGUGCGGAUGGAGGCGGCGGUGCUGAAGCCGCAGAUGAUGGCGGAUGUUCGCGCCGAGCUGGAGGUGCAGAAACUGCAGGAGCUCGUGCGGAAACUGGAGCGGCAGAACGAGCAGCUGCGGACACGCGCGAACAUCGUGCCGCCCUCGCCGGCGUGCCUGCGCGCGGGCUCCUGCUGCAUCCCGAGUCCGGCGCCGAGCCUCGCGUGUCAGUACUUCCCACCGGACGAUCCCUUCCCGUAUUUCCAGCCGCAUUCCGCCCCGGAUGAGGAUGAUGAGGAUGAUGAAGAGGACGACGAGCCGCGCGCGCUCCUGGACGAGCUGAUGCUUCUGGACCUGGAGACCGUGAGUCCGAGCGGCGAGUCCGAGGAGACCUGGCUGUAUGUGUCUCCCAGCUCUCACCUGUGGUCCGGCGCGGGUCUGAACACUCUUCAGUGGUGUCGACAUGUUCUGGAUCAGCUGGAAACCAGCAGAAACUCGCUCUGCCCAAGACUGGAGCCCGUCAGUAAAUGGAGGUCAGGUUUCUCCUCUCCUGCUGUUCCUCGUGCUCGUGUAGUUGGAGUUUCUCCUCUCUGCACCUCCUCUCCCUCCUGUAAACCCUGUGCUCCUCUUCCCAGCAGCACCUGUGAGAGAGCAGGUCGCAGCGCUCGGCGCAGUGUGUUCGCUCAGGCGUCAGUGGACAGCGAUGUGAGCGUGUCUGAGCCGGACGACGACUCCGUUACUCUGGGUUAUAAACUGCAGGACCUGACGGACGUCCAGGUGAUGGCGCGACUGCAGGAGGAGAGUCUGCGUCAGGACUUCGCCACCACCUCUUCUUCCUCCUCUAAUAACCGUCGCAGCGCCAGCUUCUCUUUCCAGUUCGGCCCGCGCAGCGAUUCGCACCUGGACGAGGAAGAGGAGGAUGAGGACGAAGACUACGGUCAGUUGCCGCCGCCGCAGCCGCGUCUGAGUCGCGCCGGAGCCCUGCAGCGCGGCCUGCCGCAUUCACACACCUUCAGCAGCAUCAGGGACUGGAGGAGCAGCAGCACGUCACCCUGCAGCGCGGCGCAGACGCAGACACCUGCGCAGACGCCUGCCAGCGAGACACACGGCCUCAGGAGCAGCUCAGUUGAAUAUGAGAAUAAGCUGAGGAGGAGUAUGCCGAACCUGCUGAGUGCUCCGAUGCCGUCCGUUCCGGCGCCGGUGUCCCCAUCCAUGAGGAACAGCCAGAGCUUCGACUCUCCCGGCGCGCUGACACGCCUCCAGACCUGCAUUCCGGCUCCCGGGCAGCUGCAGACUCGUGUCCAGAGCGUCGGGAACUUCUCGUCCCGUCAGACGCUCAAAGCCACGGCGUACGUCAGUCCCACUAUCAAGGGUCCGGCGGCCGGUGUGCAGUGUGUGUCCGGCAGCGGGAUCCCUCAGCCCGGGAAGGCGUCCGUCUCUCAGAUUCCGGCCCGCAGUGGUCUUCCGCGGCCCGCGUCCUUCAUAGCGAGCGGCUCCGGCCCGCGCAGCAAACUCACGGCACCGGUGCGCAGUUUGCUGACGCCUCCAAAGAGUCUGGCGACGCUGAGCGCGCUGCGUGACGGGAGCUGGCGUGACGGGUGUUACUGACGCGGGUCAGAGCGAUGGGUUCCUGCUGGUCAGGGCCGACCGCUUCAUCACAUGGUGCUGUGAGGACGAUCUCCGUAUGCAAACACACACACACGGCUCAUACACACAUGCACUAUCAUCAUUAGAGUGACUGAUGGCAUCAACACGUGCUGCUAAAGCUCCAUCUGCUGCCACUCUCCGGCUGUUUCAGGUGCGCCGACCGGGCUGGAGCAAAAGAACUGGUUUGUACGAUUGUUUGAAGUUGGAACAAUUUUUGUGAUAUCAAAUGGUUUUAACCAAAUUCCAACACAUUUUUAACUCUUUACGAACACUUUAUUGUCAAUAUGUUUAUAUGAUUAAUAUUCCUUUUUAACUUGAUAACAGACGACAUACACCCUAAACCAUGAUCUGUGUGGACCAAUUAUUGCACCUUUGAAAACGUAUUUGACUUUAAUUAUUGUUUGGAUUAUGAUUGUUCUUGUGUUAAUCUGAUGUUGCACUUUCACUGUUAAUGUUUAUUUCAUCAUUGAUUAUUUCUGCUCUGGAAUCAGAUGAUUUUCAAUGGCCACAGAUGUAGCACUGUAUUUAUUUUCUUCUCUUGUUUAUUUAUUUUAUUGUGUAAAAUAUAUUUAAAAGAGUGUUCUCCAUGUUUCUGUAAAUGCACCACAGUUUUCUUCUUGAAUAUUUCUUUAUGACUGAUAUUUUAAUGGGUGUGUCUGUGUUUAAAGUCCAAAUAAACUUUGUUUGUUUUGUAA